GGGCAGAGGACGAGGAGGCCCGGGGCCGCCCAGAAAAAACCUCUGCAGAUCCGAAAGGGAGACCCGGGUCCGUCGGGGGCUGGGCUGCAGCGGGCCCCCAUGAGGGCGGGGCUCGAGCCCGGAGGGGGGGCCUCGAACUCGCCGUCUCGUCCACUUGCCUUCACCCGCAUCUCCGUUCUUUUCGGUUAUUUUCUGCUACGGCCGUUCCCCGCCCUGCCCUGGGCCCAGGGGGUAGCGGUCUGAACUUGGGUCGGCUGGAGGAGCCGACCUGGACCACUCACGGGCGCUGGUCUGUUCUGACCACAGCCCCCCGACCUCGGUCAGAAAUGGGGAACGUGCAAUCGGAGCCGUCCGCUGGCGGUGGCUCCCGAAAACAGCAGGCCUCAGACUGCCGGCGGCCGUCCCUGGUGGAGCCCGAGGUGACCCCUUCCUCUCCAGCCAUGCGCCUGGCUCGCGGGCUGGGCGUCUGGUUCCCUGGCAGCUCCGCGCCCCCGGGCCUUCUGGUGUCCCCAGAGCCCCAGGCCUCACCCUCGUCCCUGACCUUAGAACUGCCCACACCAGAGGCGUCCUCUCCAGAAAUGCCGGCUGUGGCCGGGGUCUCCACACCACCCCCGCCCCCUGUGGGGACCCUGCUGCCCGCGCCCUCUAAGUGGCGGAAACUCCCGGGCACGCAGGUGCCUCGCAUCCGCGGCCUGCUGGAGGGCAGCCACCGCGGCCAGGGGGAUCCCGUGAGCCUACGGCCACUCCCGGUGCUGCCACGACAACUAACGGAAAAGGACCCCGUUCCGAGGCCGCCCUCCCCAAUGCCGCCACCCCUCAAACCGUGGAAGCUGCCGCCACCGCCGCCACCACUUUCCAACCGGCAGCCCCUGGAUCGCAGCAUCAUUCCUGCUCUGGCCACUGUCACACCUUCCGUACCUGCCACAGUCCCCACCGCCACCCCAAGCCCUGUCUGGCCCUGCAGCGAGGGUCCGAUGGCCGGUGGCGGGACCCGCGGAGGGCCACCUGCCCAAGUGGAGGAAAGCGAAAAGGCCGGGAAGGCGAACUCUGAGUCUGGCCUGAACCUGCUUUGCAAAGUUGCCUUCAAGCCGGGCAGCCAACUGCCUGCCGGGGCACCCUCGGCCCCCUCGAGCCCCUCGAGCCCCUCGAGCCCCUCGAGCCCCUCAGCAGCCACGGCCUCGCCCACAGGUGGGGCCAGCGAUGGACUGGUCGCUGCCGCGGGGCCCGUCUCCUACGCCGAGGUCCUGAAGCAGAGGCCCCUGGCUCCUGGCGCCUCGCGUACGUUAGGAGAGGUCCCUCAGGAUGCCCAAGAAACCAAGGGCGGUAAUGGAGACGGCGAAGUGUGUCCCGGGCCUCCCUCGGGGCCCGCCCCUCCCUCGGGGCCCGCCCCCCACGCCCGGACCCUACCGCCGCCGCCCUACACCACCUUCCCAGGCUCGCAGCCCAAAUUUGACUGGUUGAGCCCUCCAGACGGCCCCGAACGCCACUUCCGCUUCAACGGGGCUGUCGGAGGCAUCGGGGUGCCCAGACGACGAGCCGUGGCGCUCUCAGGGCCCUGGGGCUCCCCUCCACCUCCGCUGCGGCCCAUCUAUCCGGCUCCCGGGCCCCGCAGGCCCGCCCCUGCCCUGCUGGCGCCGCCCAUGUUCAUCUUCCCGGCGCCCACCAAUGGCGAGCCCGUGCGCCCCGUGCCUCCAAGCCAGCCCGAGUUGCCGCCGCCCACGCCACCUGCCACGCCGUCGUCCGCGCCGCUGCCCCCACCGCAGCCACCAGCGCGCCAGCCAACGCCGCUGCCGGUGGUACCCCCACCCACCGCAAGUCCCGGCCCCGUGGAGUCAACCCCGGCUCCUGCCCCGGCUCCCGCGCUGCCCCCUGUCCUGGCCACCGACCAGAUCCCGGUCUCCUCGGCCCCGGCCCUGAUUCCGGUCCCUGCCCCGGCUCUGGCUCCUGCCCCGGCCCCGGCUUCUGCCCCAACCCCGGUUUCUGCCCCGGCCCCGGCUUCGGCCCCGGCUCCUGACCCAGCCCCGGCUCCUGCCCCGAACCCGACCCCGGCCCCGGCUCCUGACCCAGCCCCGGCGGCUCCGGAUCCGCCCCCAGCCCUGGCCUCGGACCCAGCCCCAGCUCCAGCUGCAACUCCUCCCGCGGCCGAAACUUUGCCACCCACGCCCACAGCUGCGCCCGCUCCCAUCAAAACUCGCACGCGCAGGAACAAAGGUCCCCGUGCAGCGCGAGUUGUGACCGGCGAAGACGGCGCGCCUGGCGACGGUCCCCGGGAGCGGAAUGUGACAGUAGUGACCAAUAGUGGCGGCGGUGGCGGGGCUCCACCGUCAGGCCCGGCCAGCAAGGCCUCUGUGCGCCACUGGCCGCCUUUCCAGGUGCUCAACUCUUGUCCCUGCAAGUGUUACUGCCGCCACCAGGCGCGCCAUCGCCGCCUGCCACGCAACGUAUCUGCCUGGCUGAGCACACCCACCAACCACCUGAGCGAGCCACCUUGGGUCGCCACCAUCAAGCUGGCGGGUUCCCUGGUAGCUGGGCUGGAGCACUACGACUUGCAGGCCACCCACUCCAACUGAGCACGGUCUGAUCAACACCUGCUGCCUUCCCUCCAUAACAAUAAAGUAACAACCUGGAA